CACUAGGCGUUCAAAAAAUAUUAAAUGUGUCUUUACUCUUUAGCUUUUACAAGUUUAUUCUAGAUCUAAAUCUAACAUCAGAUUAUUAAUUUAUAUUGUCGGAAAAAAAUAGAGAGUAUCCAAAGUAGAUCUAUAAUUUUUAAAAAUAAUUUAACAUUAUGAUUAAGGCUUAAUUUAAGCAACGUUAAAAAGUAAAAUUCUGUUGUAGGUUCUAGAUCUAGAUCUAGAUCGAUCUAGAUCUAGAUCUACGGAUCUAGAAAUCUAGUAUUACUAUUAGAUCUAGAUCUACUUCCCGAAUGAGAACAUUUCCUAGAUUGUAAAAAUGAACACAUUAUUUAAUGAGAAUAGACCGUGUACAGUGGAGGAGUUAAUGAACAUUAUAACUGCUCCAACUGGUGGUAAUGUUUUAUUACCAAGUUCAGCAUACGAUGAAGUCUAUACUGGAAUAUAUUUAGGAGAAGGGGACUCAGCUAAAAGUGUAAAUUGUAUGAAACGACUAGGAGUUACACACGUGCUAAACUCAGCUCUUGGUAAAGAUGCUUAUCAUGUCAAUACAAAUCAUGUGAUGUACAAAAAAAAGGACAUUGAGUUCCUAGGAAUUGAGGCAACUGAUUUUAUCAACUGUAACUUAUCAAAGUAUUUUAACACUGCAUCAAACUUCAUUCAGGAGGGUGUCAGUGGUGGGGGAAAAGUCUUUGUGCAUUGUGUGCAAGGUGUAAGCAGAUCUGCUACUUUAGUCAUUGCCUAUCUGAUGAUCAAACAUCACAUGACAGUCCAGGAUGCUUUAAGACUUGUAAGAUCAAAGCGGGAAAUUUGUCCCAAUCCUGGGUUUCUUCAGCAGUUGUGUGAUCUCAAUGAACAGCUUAAAAAAUCUGGACACUUUAAGGAGAGGCUAGUGGGGGACAACCCAGGAGAAGAUAAAGAUAGAAUUGUCAAAACCAUCUCGGAUGAUGGCUAUGUGGAAAAUGGGUGUACAGUAAGUGAGUUGGAAGCUAUCCUGACUGAUUCAACAGGAGGAUUGAUGAUGUUGCCAAAAACUGAAUACAACCAAAUCAAUGAUUACAUAUUAAUAGGAGAAAGUGCCUUUAUAAAUACAGGUAGCAAAGAAAAUAUUAAACACCAUCAAAUUACUCAUGUCUUAGAUGCCGCUUACAACAAAGGGAGUGUAUCAAACUCUGAUGUAUAUGAUAAAAUAGAAGUUAAAUUUCUUGGAAUAGAUGCACUAGACACAUUAACCUUUGAUAUAUCUCCAUAUUUCUCAAUUGCUGCUGAGUUCAUUGAUGAUGCUGUGAAAAAUAAAGGCAAAGUAUUUGUACACUGUGUGCAUGGAAUAAGUAGGUCUGCUACUCUUGUUGUAGGAUAUUUUAUGAUAAAAAAAGGAAUGUGUCUGAAAGACGCUCUCCAAUUUGUGCGACAGAAAAGAGAAAUCUGUCCCAACAGCAACUUUUUACAACAAUUGUGUAUACUAGAAACCAAACUUAAGCUAGUAAACAUUAAGAAAUGUGUGUAGCACUGAAAUUAAUAAAAGCUGUUUUCACUUCUUA